GUUCCGUGAUCGGUCGAAGUGCGUAGAGACACAGCGAAAGAACGGUGAUUCCGGGCGACGACAGACAAAAGUACGUUUCACCGGAGCUUGUUUGGUCAACCGUUGAGAUAGACGAGAAACGUUUUCAGAAAUCGGUGGUCCAGCUACUGUAGUGUGUGACGACUCAAUUUUUGCCCCGAUCGGUUUGUUGCUUGAGAAGAAAGCAGGAAAAAGUCGUUUAUCUCCCAACAUACGCAAAACACACGGGCACUACGUGCACCGCACGCAGCACUGAGCAGGAGCAGGAAAUUAUAAAUAUACUUUCCGGUUCACCUCAUCGGUUAAUCUGUUGACCGUCGGCGAUUGCCCAUCGGAGCCGGAGCCGUCGACCACAGGUCGCUUGAGGAGGAAGUGGCUAGCUAAUCUGCAAAAGCGAGAGAGGAAGAGAGUGCUCCGAAAAUCGUGCGAUCCCGCUGGUUCCGGUGCGGUGCGUGCGAUGCUUUCCGAGUCCGGUUAAUGCUACUAUCAUCUACUGUCUGGCUGUCGGCACAAUCUCUCUCUUUCUCUGAUAUCUGCCGUGACAUCGGGUGCCAUUACAAGCAAACCCUUUCCUUCUUCGUCGCGGGAGGGUCUGGCCCUGAACGAGCGAGCGGGCGAACGUGCAUAAAUAUUAAUGGAACGACCUUCUCGUCCUCCAUCUGCUCCGUGAUCUCUCCGUCAAGCCGCCUGUGCCGUGCGAUAGGAAGGAGGGGCCAGGGUCCGGCCCCCGUGGUAUCCCGGGGUAAAUUAGAUUAAAAAGCGGUAAAAAUCAAGAAAUGCGCUCUCGACUAAAAGGGUGAUUUUUUUUUUGUUUCGGCGGGAGGAGCCGGCACUCUAGGGGUCGGUGCGUGCGUUCUGUGCGUCUUCUGCGUGUGUAUCUGGUGCGUGUAUAUUUGGUGUUGGUGUGCGCGCGGUGUGCGGUGGUGCAGCGGCAGCGGAGGUCUCGAAAGGCCCCGCAAAACGUCCCCCACCAUCCAUCCAUUAGUGGCGCGAGCGUGCGCGCGCUCGAUCGCGAGUAGUGUGGCCGCUGUGUGUGAGGUCCAGUUGAAGAAGAGCAAAGCAGCAAAAGCAGUGUACGGGUGUGACCGAAGUGAAGACCACCAGGAGGUGCAAAGGGGGGAGGGUUGCGGGUCUGAUCCGGUCCCGGUUUUGUGCGUAAGUGUGUAUCGGUCGGUCGAUCAUCUUCGGCUCAAUUAGAGUGAGCUUUUAUGCUUCUUUGGGCACAAGGUGCUCAGCAGCAGCAGUAGAAGAAAGGUGGAGAACGGAGGAGAACGGAGGAAAAGAGUUAAAGAAAACAAAGUGGAAGGCACAGCAGGUGACGAAGGCCGUGGAGUUUUGGUGGUUACGUUCGCUUGCAGAUCAGCAGAGGGAUCAUCGGAUCAUCGGUUCAUCGGAUCGUCCAUAGGACGCGAGGCGCGCGCGCAGAUUCGUGUUCUUUUCGUCCUUCUGCCCGCAUCCCCGUCCUCCACGUGGCGGUGUGACCAUAAAAGCUGAACUGGGCCGACCACGGAGUGUCGAGAGCUGGACAAGCCAGCGUCUUCGUAGGGCUCACCACGAGAAACGAUGCAGCAUCGGCAGCAGGAGCAGGAGCAGCAACUACAGCAGCAUUACGACUAUCACACCGGACGAUCAGAAGCAGAGCUACGGCAACUGCAACCGAAGAAUCAUCAGCAGCAAGAGCAGAAGCAACAGCAGCAGCAUCAUUAUCGUGGUCGCCAGUGUCGUGACCGGAGCGUGCUCGAUCGCCAAUAAGCUCGCAAUUACUUCCGAAAGUUCCGGCCUCGUCCCGUGCGGGUUUCGGGACGGUUUUUGGACCGUGCGCUGACACUGACAUGGCAGUGAUGGUCAGCUUCGAUCAGUGGGCUCGAUCAUCAGCAUCAUCGGUCCGGCGUUCGUGUUCGGCGCUGGGGCAGUAGCGGCACACACUUCCACCGGCAAGAAGCGCGCAAACGAACCCUCAAUUUGGUGGGGUUUGGUGGACAACGGCAGCACCAGCAGCUGCAACGAGAGGACCACCGUAGACCGCCAACGGGGUGAAAACGGAUGCAAACGAGCAUCGGUAGCAGCGGAAGGAUCAAAAACGGAAACGAUGGAGAAGGUAGCGACGGUAGCGAUGACGGCACUGGGAGAGGGACGGCGACAGCGACGAGGCGAAGGCCACCAGUGGCGUAAGCGGCAUGAAGCGAGAAGGAGAGCCACAACGGCAACAGUCGCAGAAGAGCAGGAGGAGAAUGGGAGGAUCAGCGAUCACUGUGAGCCACCAGGAAGGCUUCAGGAAGAAAAGGAGGAAAAGAAGAAAGAGGAGGAGGACUCAAGUUCCUGUAGGACACCGCAGCGUAGCGAGCGGAUACCGUCGAUCGAGGAGGGCACCGAAUCACCGAUCGCCAUCCGGUGGAGCAGCAGCAGCAGUAGUAGUAGGAUAGCAUCGAUCGAGACAGAUCGAUCGCACGUCAUCGAUGGCGAUCGAUGGUGGUGGCGCUGU